ACUUUUCAUAUUUACGUGAGAUGAUAUAUAAUUCAAGUUAUAAAUACAAUUAAGUUAUAUAUCUGUUCGAUUUUGACACAGAUAUUGUUGGAGAAUAUUAAACUGUGUCCAAAGGAACUUUAACUUGCGUACAUUUAAACCACACAUCAAAAAUGGAUUUUGAAAAACUAUUUCAGCACCCGGAAUAUGAGAACUACGUAUGUGUAAACUUGGCUUUAGUGUUUGUAUGUCAGUUGCUGAAGCCCUACACGGAACAAGGUUUACAACAGGUACAUCAGGAUAUAAAAAAUAAACUGGCCGGAAAGUCAAAAUGUACCGGAACUUGUGGGAAUCAACCUUCAAGAUGGUGUCAGCCUUGUAAAAGCUGGCAAAAACCCCUCCAAAGUCAUUCUACAAAGCGCCCAAUAGAUUGGACGAAACAUACAACGGCAAAUUGGGAAGAAUCUUUUGAAAAUAUUGCUAGUGUUUUCACAACACUUCCCGGAGAUGGUACACCAGCGAAUUACCUCGAUCUCUCAAAUGCAUGCAGUAUAUGGGAAAGAUGCAAAGCAUUUGAAAUGAAGAAAGUUGUAAUAAAUAACGUCAGGAAAUGUAGAAAUAAAUAUUUUGCCCAUAACGACACUCUCCGCGUUGACGGGAAUAGCAAGGCAGAAGUUUUUGAUGCAUUAAGAGAUCUUCUUAAUGACAAAGACGUUGGAAGUCACAUCGACAAAAUAUUGUGUAUGGAUAAAUUACAAAAAAUAAUGAAUACACCUUGUCUUCAGAACACAAUUUCAAACAUAAAAAAGAAUUUUGAUCACCAGUCCGAAAAAACAAUUGAGAGCUUGAGUAAAUCUACUGCAAUGGUCAGUGAAAAAUGCGAAAUUUUGAAAGACAUACAAUAUGAACUGAAAAAAUUAAAUCAAAAUCAAACACGCGUCAAUUUAGAGAUAAUAGAUAACCUUCAUGACAUUUCAAAAAUGGUUAAAACUACAAACAAAUCUUUGAAGAAACAUGUAUUGGCUAUGUUUGUGUAUAUUGCAGUCGCUUUUACGAUUGCUGGUCGAUAUAUUUCGGGCAACAAUAAACCUGAUUGGAAUGGCAUCUCAUCUAAUAACAUGGCUAAUAAUAUUCCUGCUGGUAAGUUAAAGAACUUUGUUUUUAUAUCAUUUGUACUUUAA